CAAUAAUUCGAACAUAACCUCAAUCGCAACCUAACCUCGCAACAAAAUCGCUUAAAAUGAACGUUUUAAAACGAAAUUUAAUCAACAUUCACCGAUUUAACCAAAAUACGCUAUAUAGCACAAUUUAUAAAAGUGCCAUAUCUCUCGAAACACUUUAUCCGGGGAGUUCUUUAAAGUUAUCGACCCCUACUAAGCCAAUAGAGAGUAUGCACGAAAAAUUCUCAGGAUACAUCCCAAUAAAAAAAUUAGAAAUAACUUACAGCCGCAGCCCAGGACCCGGAGGUCAAAACGUAAAUAAAGUCAACACAAAAGUCGAUUUAAGAUUUCAUUUGGAAUCGGCGGAAUGGUUGCAGGAUGAUAUAAAAAAGAAAUUAGCCGAGAUGAAUAAAAAUAAGUUAACGAAAGAGGGUUAUUUAGUAUUUCAUUCUGAUUUAACGCGAUCGCAAGCUAUGAAUACGGCCGAUUGUUUGGAAAAGUUGAGGAAUGCUAUUAGACGGGCUUUGUACGUACAACCACCUCCCAGUGAAGAAUCCAUCGAAAAAAUCAGAAAGCGGAAAGAAAAAGCUGCAAGGGAACGAUUAAUGGUGAAAAGAGAAAGAUCGUUUGUUAAACAAGGAAGGCAAAAUGUUGAUGUUUAAAAUAUUUUUAAAUAAAACAAUCUAAUUCUUUAAUAUCUUUUA